UGAGCCGGGCGCGGCCCCGCCUCCUGUCAUAACCGUAUACCUGGUGCGCGCGCGCGCUCGCCGCCCGCCGCCCGUCGCCCGCCGCCUCGCUCAGUCGCGCUUCAGAUGGCGAGUGGCGCGCCCGGCCGCACCCCGUGUCCGCCGUAGCUCCCGAACACUGCGCGACGCGCGAGUGCCGACCUCCAGCCCUGCUGCGGGGCCAUGCGGCUGUAGCCGCCGACACCAUGCCGCGCGUGAAGCCAGCCUGCGUCCGUCGCGUCUCCAUCGGUACCUAGCUCACCCACCACGCACAUCACUACACAACCAUCAUACAUUUCGGAACAGUGAAUAUAUUUUGACGAGAAAGAUUACCGUGAAUACAUUUUCGUAAAGCCGACCGCGCGCGACAAUGAUUCAGUUAGCGACGAUAAAAUUCGGCAUCCACCAGAAAGUGAGCACUAAAAUUCGCCCUCAACGUGGUGAAAGUUCCGGUUCGUGUUCGGAAGAAGAAAUUAACAAUGUCAUACCAGAAGAAGCGAGAGAUAGAACAGAGGCGCACAUGUGCCCACGCUGCCAGGAGCAGUUCGAUAAUCUGCACGAAUUCCUGCACCACAAACGAGUGUGCGAUGAGAAGGCGCUACAGAUGGGCGAGGAACGAAUGCACUCCGACCCUGAGGAGAUGGUCGUAUCAGGGGACGAAGAAAUGGAUGAACCUAACAAAAGAUUAGAACAAGUGCGAAGGCAUCGACAAGAUGCAGAAAAUAAUAACAGCCUCGAAGAAGGAGAAGCAGAAGUGCCUGAAGCCGACGUGCCGCCGGUGGGACUACCUUUCCCGGUUGCCGGACACGUGACGCUCGAAGCGCUCCAAAACACGAAAGUCGCUGUAGCGCAAUUUGCCGCCACAGCGAUGGCGAACAAUGCCGACAAUGAAGCGGCGCUACACGAACUUGCCGUCCUACAAAGUACACUUUUCACGCUACAACAUCAACAAGUUUUUCAACUACAGUUGAUACGGCAACUACAAAGCCAACUGUCGCUAACACGACGGAGAGAUGAUGACGCAAGCCCGCCGCCGAAUGACGAACCGAUCGUGCCUGCGCCUGCCGCUCGAUCACCGUCGCCGCCUCGUCCGCCACGGGAGCCAACACCUCCUGUAUCCAUGCCUCCUACUAGCCAAAGUUUACCGUCUACGCACGCGCAUCUUAUUCCUAAGACAGAGCAAAUCUCCAUUCCAAAAAUCCCAACCUCUACGCCACCUAUGAUGUCCCACCCACCCUACAGUUCCAUAUCGUCCUCUUUAGCAUCUUCGAUCAUAACGAAUAAUGAUCCACCACCAUCCCUCAACGAACCAAAUACGCUUGAAAUGCUACAAAAACGCGCCCAAGAAGUACUCGAUAACGCAUCACAAGGUCUACUAGCGAAUAACCUUGCAGACGAAUUAGCAUUUCGUAAAUCUGGAAAGAUGUCGCCCUACGACGGAAAAAGUGGAGGGCGAAACGAACCAUUCUUCAAACAUCGCUGCAGAUACUGCGGGAAAGUCUUUGGAAGCGAUUCAGCGCUACAAAUCCACAUCCGGUCGCAUACAGGUGAACGACCUUUUAAAUGUAACGUAUGUGGAUCCCGAUUCACGACUAAAGGGAAUCUUAAAGUCCAUUUCCAAAGACAUACUGCGAAGUUUCCACAUGUCAAGAUGAACCCUAACCCGAUACCAGAGCAUUUGGACAAAUAUCACCCUCCGUUAUUAGCGCAACUGUCGCCGGGACCCAUCCCGGGUAUGCCGCCCCAUCCACUUCAGUUCCCUCCAGGCGCACCUGCACCUUUCCCACCAGGCUUGCCGUUGUACAGACCACCGCACCAUGAUCUACUGCCUCCACGUCCACUGGGAGACAAACCUCUACCGCCUCAUCCACUAUUCGCAAUGCGUGAAGAACAAGAUGCUCCGGCUGAUCUCAGUAAACCAUCUGCGCCGAGCCCUUCCCGAUCUGCACCCGAAAUGUUCAAAUCUGAACCCCAAGAUGAAGAGAGCCAACGGGAUUCUAGUUUCGAAGAAUCAGAACGCGUAUCACCCAAGCGAGAACCAGAAGAGAACGAUGCAACUCAGGAGGCUGAACAUGACCGAUAUCCCUCAACGUCGCCUUACGAUGACUGCAGCAUGGACUCAAAAUACAGCAAUGAAGACCAAAUCGGCAGAGAAAGUCCGCAUCUGAAGCCCGAUCCAGAUCAACCGGAAAACUUAUCAAGUUCGGAGAGCGGGCGGAGCGCGCGGGCAUCGCCGCCGUCGCCGACGCUGUCCUGCCUGUCCACGCCGCCACGGCUGCCGCUGCACUCGCCGCUGCCUUCGCCGCCAGCCCCCCUCGCGGCGCUUGGUGCUCUCGGAGGAUCGCCCUUCAGCCCGCUCGGACUCGCUUUUCCUCCCGCAGUGCGCGGCAACACAACGUGUAACAUCUGCUACAAGACUUUCGCCUGCAACUCCGCCCUGGAGAUACAUUAUCGAAGCCACACCAAAGAGCGCCCUUUUAAAUGCACUGUUUGCGAUCGCGGCUUUUCAACAAAGAGCAGUGGCGGCGGUUGUCGGUGUGGUAGGCGCCCGCGCGCCCCUCGCCCGCCGCACGCCACUGCUUUGGAUCUCUGGAACGCCUUCGUUUAUCCGGGCAACAUGAAGCAGCACAUGCUAACGCACAAGAUCCGAGACAUGCCACCGUCGUUCGAGAAGGGGAUGUCGGGGCCGCCGGGUCCGCCGAGCGAGGAGCGCGACGCGAGCCCGGAGCGCCGGUCUUCGCCCGACAAGCUGGAGCUGAAACGGUCUCCCCCGGCGCAUCCGCCAAUGUCGCACGCCCCGCCUAUCGACAUGCCGCCGAUGCCCAAGCGACCUAGCGUGUCAAGCGGGCCGACGCACCCUCCGCCGCCGGUGUCCUCCAAGCACCUGUGUGGCGUGUGCCGCAAGAACUUCUCCUCGUCGUCGGCGCUGCAGAUCCACAUGCGAACCCACACGGGCGACAAGCCCUUCCGGUGCGCCGUCUGCCAGAAGGCCUUUACCACCAAAGGGAAUCUCAAGGUGCAUAUGGGCACGCACAUGUGGAGCGGCGGUGCGUCGCGGCGCGGGCGCCGCAUGUCGCUGGAGCUGCCGCCGCGGCCGCUGCACGAGCCGCACGACCUGCUGCGGCGGCCCGACCUCUUCUACCCGUACCUGCCCGCGCCCUUCCUUAACGGCAUGCAGCAAAAGCUGAACGAAAUAUCAGUGAUCCAACAAAGCGCGGGUCAGAACGGCGUCGCUGGAAAAUUCCCUGGCCUUCUCGGCUUCGGUCCGUUCGGCGCGCGGCCAGGCGCGGCGUCGCCGCUGGAGCGGCCGCCCUCGCUGGAUGGCGACGAGCGCCAGGCCGCCAUGCGAGAGCUGGCCGAGCGCGGGCGGGAGCUGGCCGAGCGCAGCCGCAUGCGCGACGAGGAGCAGUACCGCUCGCCGCCCGCGCACGGCCCGCUGCCUCCCCCCGCGCAGGCGUCGCCGCCCGCGCCGCACCACCCGCACCCGCACCCGCUCGCCUCGCUCCCUCCGCCCGCCCGCACUGAAGGACUCACGGUCUAAUCGGACCUUAAGAGUCGGAACUGCAUUUAUGUCAGGUCGGAAGCGGGUCUCGUAGGAGCUCC